AUGGACCUCCACCGCCCCUUCAAGAUGGACAGCCCCUCCUACCUGCCAGCUCCACUGGCCUCACCCGCCCUGAUGGUCCUCGCCUCCACCGCCGAGGCCGGCCGAGAUGCCUCCGUCCCCUGCCAGGCUCCCAGGCCCUUCGGCGUCCCCGCCUCCGUGGAAAAAGACCUCCACCUCCCCUUCCCCUCGGCCUCUUACACCUUCACCUCCAUGUAUCAGCGGCAGGGCCCCAUGUCGGGCACCUUUCCCUCCCGAGACUUCCCGGCCUCCCUGCUCCACCUGCACCCCCAGUUCACCCCACCAAACCUGGACUGCUCCACCCUGAGCAUGCUCAACCACAGCGGGGUGGGCGCCUUCCGGCCUUUCUCCUCCCCGCAAGAGGAGAGGGAGUCGGGGGUUUACCAGUCAGCUUUCACCCCUGCCAAGAGGCUGAAAAGCUGCUUCCCGGAGGUGGAGGGGAAGGAGUUUGACUUCGGCUCCCCGGGAGGCUCCCUCAAAGCUGGGGAGGACUCAGGGAGGAAGCUGUUCUCCAUGUCCGGCCUGCUGUCGGAUGGAGAGGCUUCGUCGAGCCCGGAGGAGCGCAAAGAGCACAGCAAAGUGAAGGGUCUCUAUGAUGCUCAGGCUCCCAUGUGUCCAGUCUGCCAGGCUGUUCUGCGACCAGGAGAGCUGCAGGACCACAUGGAGCAGGAGCUGACCAAACUGGCCCAGCUACAAAUCAGUGCCACUCCAGCGCAGGCCGACCACCUCAUGAGGACGCCGAAGUCUCUCUCGCUCUCUCUUCACAUCAAGCGUGAAGGAGGCUCUCCCACCUCGCCCCCUCGGCCGUCUGAGGACACCCACUCCGACAGAUACCAGACGUUCCUCCGCGUGCGGGCCAACAGACACACCAGACUCAAUGUCGAUGACCUCUGCUGGUGCAGGUGCUACGUCAAAUCUGCCCCAUUACGCCCCCACAGCGCAGGAGCCCACCUAGACUGCACACAAGCUGUCAGGAUCGGGAAGCUGAAGAGGAGGAAACCAGAAGAGGGACAGGAGGGUUCAGCGGACUUGGCGCCGUUGGAGGGCGAGUGGAACGAGAGGAGAAGGAUACAGAUGACGUCUAUAGUCGGAGGCUUUAAAGGUGCAGUCUUGGUGAGCACGACUUCCAAAGAGUGUCGGGACAGCGACGCAGACCUGGACGUGGAUGGAGACGACACUCUGGAGUACGGCAGGGCGCAAUACACAGAGACAGACGUCAUCCCCUGCUCAGGAGAAAGCUCCAAGGACACAGCAGUGAACAGCAGCAGCAGCAGCACGGUGCCUGACUCCAGAGUAAAUCCAGAGUUUUCCAAAUGGUCAGAUGACGGGAGUCCAUCUACGAGCAGCGGAGACAAAGUGGACGGCAGCGGAGCCGGUCUCCCCAAAACCUGCAGAAACGCUGAGAUCGAAGCGCUCUCCGAGGAUUCCACGCUGACAACUCUGGAUGCACUUAAAGCUCGGAUACGGGAUUUGGAGAAACAGCUGUCUAAAGGAGACAGAUUUAAAUGCCUCAUCUGCAUGGACACCUACACAACCCCUCUCACCUCCAUCCAGUGCUGGCACGUUCACUGCGAGGAGUGCUGGCUUCGGACGCUGGGAGCAAAGAAGCUGUGUCCUCAGUGCAACACCAUCACCUCACCUGGAGACCUGAGGCGGGUCUUCCUGUGA